UUCACUUUUCCUCAGUUUGGUGUGGCCAGCAUUCCAAUGGGGACGUACCCCCCUUCACAAGACUACGGUUACUAUUCCAAGUUCAGUAGCGCGAGUCAUAGAAUGAAGAAACAGCUGAAACAGAGAUGCACAUGGAAGUGCACCGCCCUCAUCCUUCUCAUCAUGUGUGUGGCCUUACUGGCGUGUACCGUAUACUUCGCAGCUAUGUCGAUGUUCGAGGAGGGCGAGAAGGUGGCACAGGACUCAGAUUCCCCACCUUGCAGCUUGCGUCGGGUCUGUGCCUUCAACUUCUCCCAUACGGAUACUCAACAUUACGGCCAGGCUCCCCUGGCAAUCAGUGGGGAACACCAACGCCAUUACCCAUUCCAAAGUUAGUGAUGUUCGGUCAGCCUCUCACAGAACAGAUUCCACCAAAGUCUUUCUGGCAGAGCCAGUUCGGACAGGACAGAGCAGGGUUUAUUCAGUUCAACUUCAGUCUUUCUGCAACAGCCAUAUUGGGUGUGUAUGGAAGACGGAGUGCCCCACCCACCCACAUCCAGUAUGACUUCAUGAAGAGAUUGGAAGGCAACCGAGUUCAAUCAACAAGGUCAAAAAGGGCUUUGUCAAAGAUGAAUGCAGGCAGGAUGAGGCUGGUGGAGUUCUUGACCUCUGGAGAUUGGUACCUUGGCAUCUACAAUGACAAUGAUGAACCACAGACUGUCACACUGGAAGCUGACAACAUCAGAAUGCAAAGUGGUUGUCCUGGUGAUUGCCAUGGUAAUGGACGUUGUGUUGGUGGCAGGUGUCAGUGUUUUCCCGGUUACCAAGGAGAAGCCUGUGCUGAAAAAAAAUGUCCAAUUCUGUGCAGCGGCAAUGGUUUGUAUGCUCAUGGUGUGUGCAAGUGCCACAUGAACUGGAAGGGAAGAGAAUGCGAGUAUCGAGAAAAUGAAUGCCAAGUCCCCAACUGUAACGGAAAUGGACAUUGUAUCAACGGACAGUGCGUCUGCUUCCAAGGGUUCCAAGGACCAGAUUGUGGCAUUGUUGACUGUGUUAUGUCCAAUUGCUCUGGUAACGGGGUGUGCAUCCACGGCCAGUGUAUGUGUUUCAAGGGCUAUAGAGGGAAUGCGUGUAGCGUACCCGACAAAAUAAAUGUGACGCAAAUAUGCGCUAAAGACUGCUCAAGCCAUGGAGUGUACGAUGUGGAGACCCAUCGCUGCAUAUGCGAGCGCCAUUUCACAGGCGAGGACUGUGAAACAGAAAUUUGUCGACUUGAGUGCUUUCAUGGCUUCUGCAAAAAUCAGCGAUGUGAGUGUGACGAGGGUUUUACUGGUGCCCUCUGUGAUCAGCUUAAAUGCGACCAUCGAUGUGAAUUGCACGGAUACUGCAACAAUGGGACCUGCACAUGCCAGAAUGGUUGGAAUGGAAAGCACUGCACAAUUGACGGCUGCCCUGAUGAUUGUAGCAACCAUGGCGAUUGUAAAAGAUUCCGAGAAGGAUGGAAUUGCACUUGCAGUGAAGGAUGGAAGGGCUUGGCGUGCAACAUUGCGAAGGAAACCAAAUGUGACGAUAUGGCUGACAAUGACAAUGAUGGACUGUUGGAUUGCCUGGACCCAGACUGUUGUUCGACCGUGUCCUGCAGUAAUGACCAGUAUUGCAAGGUGUCGCCAGAUCCCAAGGACGUCCUCCUUAGCAAACAGCCACCAAGUACAACAGCCUCUUUCUUUGACAAGAUGCGCUUCCUCAUCGAGGAAGACAGCGUACAGACCCACGCCACUCGCAAUGCCUUCAAUGAAAGCCAAGUGUCGGUCAUCCGGGGACGAGUGACAACCAAAGAUGGAACACCUCUGAUCGGCGUUAAGGUUGAAAUUGUUGCGCAGCCUCUUUAUGGGUUCACCCUCACAAGAAAGGAAGGAGUGUUUGACAUCCUUGUUAAUGGCGGUGGUUCUGUGGAACUUGAGUUCAUUAGACAGCCAUUUGUGACCAAGUCUGCAAGUGUUUUGACUCCAUGGAACCAGAUCAUCACCAUGGAUACCGUUAUCAUGACGCUCACCAAAGAGGAGCCCGACCAUCUGUUCCCCGAGGACUGCAGCACAGAGCACCAGCACUACCUCCUGAAGCCUGUGGUUCUGUCCACCUGGCAACACACACAGCUAGGAGCCUGCCCAGAGAAGAGCACCAUCAUUCCAGAAUCACAGGUCCUUCAAGAGAGCCUUGAUCUCCCUGGAACCAAAGUGCACCUGGUGUACCACAGCAGCGAGUCCUUGGGCUACAUGUCUCUCAUCCUGAUCCAGAUGACCCCCACCACCAUCCCAGAAAACCUCUCUCUCGUCCACCUCAGGGUGUCCGUUGAAGGUGUGGUCCUGGAGAAAACCUUCGAGGCUGAUCCCCUUCUCAAGUACACCUUCUCUUGGAACAGACGGAACGCAUUCAACCAGAAGGUCUAUGGGAUAGUGACGGCUAGAGUGUAUGUUGGUUAUCAGUAUCAGGAAUGUGAGUACAUCUUCUGGGAGACUAGGAGCACCACGGUCAAUGGGUUUGACCUGACCUCCUCCGAAAUCGGUGGCUGGAACCUUGACAUCCACCACACUUACAAUUUCCAAGAGGGCAUCCUCCACAAGGGUGAUGGCACAAACAUCUACCUCAAGGAGAAACCCAAACGCAUCAUCAACAUCCUCGGUAAUGGCAACCGCCGCAACCUGUAUUGUGACGCCUGUAAUGGCAAGGCUCAAGAGAAUCGACUCCUGGCACCAGUGGCACUGGCAAGUGGGCUGGAUGGUAGUCUGUAUGUGGGAGAUUACAACUUCAUUAGGAAGCUGUCACCAGACCGGGAGGAGAUUGCCAGCAUACUGGAGAUGAGCACACAGUCGGUGCCCUACAAGUUCUACAUGACCGUGAGUCCUGUGGAUGGACGUCUGUACAUAUCGGACUUCAUGAGCCAUAAGGUGAUCCGAGUGAAGACCAUGGGUCCAGUGCGUGACCUCAAGGACAACCUGGAAGCAGUGGCCGGCAAUGGGGAGGAGUGCACCCCUGGCGAGGCCGAUCUGUGCGGCGACGGUCAGAUGGCCAUACAGGCCCGUCUCAGACAUCCUAAAGAUGCCAUCAACCCAGAUGGCCCCAAUAUUCGGAAGAUAACGGCUGAUGGCUACAUCACCACCUUGAUUGGCACCCAGGAGCAACUGAGAGAGUGGACACCCAUGCCUUGUGAUGACAUUCUGUCUGCAGAGAGGGUUAGCCUGCGAUGGCCAACAGCUCUUGCAAUUGACCCGCUUGAUGACACCCUGCAUAUUCUUGAUCACAGCAUUGUCCUGAAACUGACCAAGGACUACAAACUGGUCACAGUGGCUGGACGUCCAGCCUACUGCCCUCCUCGGCAAACAAACUUCUUUCCGGCUGGUGUCUUGUCCGACGAUGAACAGGCAACAAGUAUAGCUGAUCACGUGACUCUCGUGUCACCAGAGUCAAUCACCUUUUCACCUCAUGGCGACCUCUACAUUGUCGAGAGUGACACACAUCAUAUCAACCGGGUGCGUGUAGUGACAACUGAUGGAUUGAUACAUCACUUUGCUGGGGCGAAAUCCAAGUGUGAUUGCCAGAAGAAGACCUGUCCAUGUUAUGUGAUGAAAGAACGUCUUGCUGCCCAGGCUUUGUUCAACACGCCCAAAUCAAUCACCGUGACCCCAGAUGGCAUCAUGCACAUUGCUGACAUGGGAAACCUCCGAGUCUUCUCCAUAGUAUCUGAGCUUCCUGAACGAAGUGUGAAUCAACAGUAUGAAGUUGUCUCCCCGGAAACCCAGGAAAUCUUCAUAUUCAACCGCUAUGGACAACACCAGCACACCAUCAGCAUUAUGACAAAUCAGUACAUGUACAACUUCACUUACAACGUCAACUCAUUUUAUGGCAAGGUAAAAUCUGUAAUUGACAGCGCGGGCAACAGUCUGAUAAUUGUCCGCGGGUAUGACACCCAUGCUAAAGAAAUCAUCACCCCGAAUAGCGCUAAGUGUGAGCUCUUGAUGGACAACGAACGCCACCUCUAUCGCUUCACGGCCCCCAACAACAUGACGGCCACCUUCACCUACAUGAUGAGCACAGAUCUCUUGGAAUCCAAACACACUUCCGACGGCCAGACCUUCAAAUACGAGUACGAUGAUAUGGGCCGACUUCUCACCAUCAGCCAACCAACAGGGGAGAUAACUCGUCUGCACACCGACGUGAACACAACAGGUUCCAUUGUUCAUGUCACUACAGAUAGCAGUGAUGUGGUUGCUAUGGCAACCUAUGGGAGCGUGCAAUCUGUCAUGCAUGGAUCGACCCAGACGAAAGUGACGUACCUGCCUGGAGGAGCUGUUGUGGUGCUGUUCCCUAGCAACUUGACUGUUGCUAUAGAAACUGGAGGGCAUCCAAUCAUGGAGAAUGAGCAUCGCAUGCAUUACAAACGGAAGGUGAUCAUACCAGGGGCGUACAUUCACCGGCUGGAAUGGCGCUUCUAUUUACGCCGCAAGGGUAGGAGUCGGCAGAGUCGAAUCAUCGAAAAGAUUGGUCAACGAUUGAGGAUCAAUGGGGAGAAUCUGUUGACAAUGGAGUAUGACAGAAAAACCCACAUGGAGACAAUCAUGGACAAGACUCUGCGCGAGAUUCUCACGAUCGUUUACGACAGUUCUGGCCUGCCAUCUCACUUCCUGCCUGCAACGGGUCACCACGCCAUGAACAUCACGUACAGCCCCCGCGGCGACAUCACCCAGUGGCAGUACGGGGAACUGCGAGAAACUCGCCAGUAUGACAAGGGGGUGCUGACUGAGAGGACGUCCACAAACGGGGCACAGUUCCGGUACUUCUACAGAUAUGGAUCAAAGAAGCCCACUGACAUAAUCCUCCCAAGUGGCAAGCAGUACCUAUUUGAACAUGACACAGAGGGACACUUGGCUGCAGUGACUACUCCUGUCCUGGGCAAGCACCUGUUCCACAGAGUUCUCUCCCUUGGUAUUCAACGCUACCUGUACCAGCCACCAGGGAUGGACCUGCCCUUCAUCAUGGACUACGACACCAAUGGUAAACUAAAACAUGUGCGUCAUCCUGGCGAGCAGAGGUGCGUGUACUACCGAUAUAACAACCACUUCCAGAGAUCAGAGAUUCUGUUUGACAAGACCAGUAUUAAGUUUGGGUAUAACCCAGACGUGCAGAGGCUUGCCAGUACCUCACUCAAGAUGUCCGGGUACGGCUACGUCGCCAACUACACCUACAUCAGCUCCCUGGUGAAGACCAUGACCGUGAGCUUCCCCUACGACCGAGAUCUACUUGGAGUAAAUUUUACUCACGAUUAUGACAACAACUUUAGGCUAAUUGCAACAGUAGCCGUCUUCACCAACAACGUCACUUUGAUCAGCAACAACACCUACAGUGACAUCAAUGGCAAACUGUCAAAGGUCAAGACCAUUGACAUCAAGUGGGCUGCCCAAGACAAGGAGGUACUGAAUAUCGGCAGUAUCAACAUCAUUCGAGAGUAUGAUAGUUAUGGCAGAAUGAGAGACAUUCAAUUCAAAUUUGCAGAAAAUGUUCGCUUCACCUUGCAAAUCAAUUAUGACCAGCUGAACAGAAUUCAUCAGUGGCGACGUAGGAUUGGUCAGACAGACCAAAAGGCAAUUGAGUACAUAUACGACAUUGACAACAACAUGAAGGAUGUGUUACUGGAAGGACAAUCGGCCUGGCAAUAUGGCUAUGAUGCCAAUGGCAACAUCUUCAAGAUCACAGAACACAAGAAGAUAAAGGACUUGGAGUUUGAUGUCGGGGACAGAAUUGAAAAGUUCGGAGAGAUGUGGUACAAGUUUGACCAAGAUGGGUUCAUGGCUCAAAGAGGCAAAGAACAUCUCCUGUUUGACUCACUGGGUAAUCUCAUCUCUGUCUCCAAGAGGGACAAGUACAGGUUCUCCUACUACUAUGACUCUGAAGGAAGACUGUCAGUCCAGAAAGACAUGUAUGGAAGGAUGGUGCAGUUCUUUUAUUCCAACGUGGGUGACCCCAAGCAGGUCACCCAUACCUACAACCAUACUUCGGCCGAAGUCACUCUCUACCUGUAUGACAGCGACCAGAGGUUGUUAGCCAUGGAACGCAACAACAAAGUGUACUACAUUGCCUCAGAUCCCAAUGGCAGUCCGCUGGUGGUGUUUGACGACCAAGGCUACACCAUCAAGCAGUGCAGCUACACACCCCUUGGGCUGGUGGAACAGGACACUAACCCCAACUUUGAACUAGUGUUUGGCUUUCAAGGCGCCAUCUAUAACCCUGUCACACUGCUGGCCCACUUCCCAAAGAGAGUCUACGACACGCAGAUCGGGCGCUGGCUGUCUCCGGACUAUGCAGGCAUGUUCGAUAAACUUGAAGAUGUCAUCUCGCUGCCAGAGAUCCUCAACUUGUACCAGUUCCGUAAUUUCAUCAACCUCCACAUGGCCAAGGAGAAGUUGCCCCGCACAGACCUCACCAGCUGGCUGUCGGUGUUGGGCUACGACAUCAAGAGCAUGGCUCCCGAUGUGUCCUACACUGGAAUACUCCAUCCAGAGCCCUCCACCACAGACUACCAACUUCUCCCAAGUUCCUCGGCAUUUGAAUGCACCUUUGACCGUGAUAUGCUGAACCUCCUUACCAUCUCAACCGUUCCCAAAUCCAAGAUCACACCCCUCCAGAAUCUGCCCAGUGAGAAACCAGCGCCUCUACUUGCCAUAUUUGGUGAGGGAGUAACCAUCUCCAUCGUUGGUGGCAAGGCUGUUAUCAAUGUGGCAGACAUUGCUUCUGAAUGGGCGCGGAAGCUUGCGACAGUGCUCCUGAACAAAUCACAGAUGGUAAACCUUCACUACACAAUUCAUUCAAAGGAUGUUCAUUACUUCAUCAAGUCCAGUUACACCCAGGCGGAGGAUGAUCUUCGGACGCUGGGCAUCACCACUGAUCUCGUCACUCUUGAUAAUGGCAUCAAUAUUUCUGUGCAUAAGAAUCAGAGAAGUCAUGGCUUCGGACGAGGUCGAGAUGAGAUAGAUGUUCGUAUCCAUGGCAAUCACACUGUGAUAAAUAUCCGCUACGGCACCAACAUUGAUCAUGAGAUGAACCGAAUCUUGCACCAUGCAAAGGAACGUGCUGUGGCUUCAGCCUGGCACACAGAGAAGUAUUUGAUACAGAACAGUCUACCCACUAGGUUUGAAUGGGAGGAUGAAGAUGCCAAAGAGCUUCAAGCCAAUGGCCAUGUUAAUGGAUGGGAAGGAGAGUACAUACGCUCUCCCCUGGACUAUCCAGAGCUGUCAGAUGACGCAAACAAUAUAAGAUUUAUCAAACAAGCCAGGUAGGACUGGAAAAUUAGGUUUUAGUUGUGUUUAAUUUCUGAAAAAUGGCUGUUAGACCAAGUGAACAAAAUGGCUGACAAUGCUUCAGCAGGUCAAGGUCAAGCUAUAAGGGGCAGAGAAUGGCAUCAGUGACAGUGGUGCUUCCUUUCAGGGAGGAUGAAAGGUGUUUUAAUUGGGUGGCUGCCACCCCCAACCCCAUGCAUACAGUGUGCUAUGUUCUCUUAUACUGUGGUUGGUGAUUCAGAUGACAAGUGAAACAUUAUGGGUGCUUUGUUUGUUUUGCCCAGUGCUUGUCUUUCUACCAACCCCCAUUGGAAAGGGGGACAUGAAGUGUGCUGUCCUUCCCCCCCGGACCUCCCCUCUCUCCCCAAAGGGGGGCCAGGACAGCACUGAGUGUUCUGUGAUGGUGCUAUAUUAGGUGUACACACGAUUAUACUACCACAAAUACAGAGUAAAGACAGCUUCUAGUCACAACAAAGCGGCCAGGUCUCGCCAGGCCAACCGUAUUCUUGUUUGAAGACAUUCAUAGAUAUUUGUACAGAUAGCUAAACCAUAACUUGCUGUUUUGUUGGACUAAGAGAGUUGAGGUCAAUUGUGUCGUGUUGACCUGCACUUGUGUCGCGUUGACCUGCAACUCUGGUCAAGAUGACCAUGCAUUAUGAACUUACAAGCACAAUCUUAUAGUGACUCAUGGUGUUCCAAUGACAGUUAUUACAGACUGUAUGCUAGUAGGCAGGGAGCGAUGUAAGAAAUUCUCGGUGAUUCUAAAUAUUACCAAAAUCAUUCAUAAGGGAAAAAAGUGCAUCAUUUCAGUGUUUUGUGAGUAUCAUUAUGAGGGCUUUGUGUGUAACAGAGAAUUUCUUCCACCUAGAAGCCCGAUUGUGUUAUACCAGGUGCUACAGAGACUUCACCAUUCCUUGGUGUAACACAGACAGCCACAGCUACAAGGUGAAGGACCCUCGGUGUUUUCUAAACGAUCACCUGCAUCUUCUUGGAAAGUCUGGUCCUGGAAGGCGCUCAAUGAUAUAUGUUGUCAUGGAGAUGUUUUGCCCAUAUACAGUGUUAAGAUUGUUACCAGUGAAGAAGUAAUGUACUGCUAUAGAGACAAACCAAAUAUUCAACAUCUGCUGGAUAGAAUGACAACUGCAUUCUGAUUGUUGAAUUUAACAUUAGAAGGAAUCAUGUUUACUUAAAUUUAUUAAAAUACAGAUAUUUCAGAAUGUAUUGAAAUUUAUACCUGAAGUAUGUGUCUUGAAAUAGUCUUGAAAGUAAUUAAAAAAAAUAACAAAUUUUUAAUUCAUUUUAAUGCUUUACAGUAAUAUGAGGGUAUUUUAGUCUGAUCUAUCACCAGAUGGUCUGUGAAGUGCAAAGAUGUUUCACAGGAACAAGUGACGCCAACAUGCCGCCAAUGUUCGUACAUAUCCAUCAUGUCAGUCGGUGUGUAAUUUCACUCGCCUAUUUCACAGUUGGCUUGUAUGAUAAGCAGCUUUGUGAAAUGUUGUACAUUUGUAGACAAACUGGUAUUGGCACCAACUGUGAUCCAGUGCAUGUACCUAUCAUUUCACUGACAACAUUCAUCUAUGUGUUGGUAGAUCAGAAGUAUCAGGAACUGUUACCAUGGUUACAGGUGUCCGUGAGAUACGCCAAUUUAUCACAUACUGUUGCAUCUGACUGAAUGUGAGAUACUAUAUUUCUGAUGCCGUCAUUUAUGAGAUCAUAAAAUUAUGGUCUUAUCAGUGUGAAAGAUAUGACAGUACUUAUCAUUUAGAUAUUAUAAUUAGCAUUGAAGAAAUAAAUUUACAAAUGACUACCAUGAAACAUACUUGUUUGGGCUGGAUGUUUUACAUUUUUUAUAACUUUACCUAUCUUUCAAGCUUAAAAGACUCAGCUUAGGUUUCCAUCAUGCAAAUUGCUUGUGCACUAAUUGAUGGAAACUAAAUACAAAAAAAGAUUAGGAAAUAGUCUUACAGAAUAUAGUAUGUUCAACCAUGAAAUCUGGUCUACCAACACUGAGGUUAACUUCAUUAUAAACUUGAUAUGCAAUAACUAACUGCCGUUAUAGUUUUAAAGUGGUCUAUGCUGAUUACAAUCUUAGUUUUUAGUAAGUUUUAAUUAUAAUUUUUUUCAACUGCAUACAAUUUGGGUUACCUAAAUGUGCAAUAUGGUAAUCUGUUGUGCUCACUUAACUCUAAAUUCAAAUUUUAUGAUAUAAAGAUGUUUAUUGGUAUUAAUAGGCAUAUAUUUUCUAAAACGAAGAUUUGAGAGUAAAAUGUUACUAAAAACAAAUAGAAACAAAUAUAUAUUUAAAACAAAUCCACUAACUUAAUUUUUAUCGUUGAGUGAGUAUCCUACUUUAUAUGUUAUAACAACUGCCAAGGGUUUCCUUUCAACAAUUUUUACUGGUAGUGUGAGUUUACUCAAAUCAGAAAGCUUCUUAAAAAAAUAGAAACUUAUUCGGUAUUACUUUUCAGCAUUUUGUGUGAAAUGUUAGUCAGUAUUAUGCAGAUAUCAUAAUCAAAGGACGGAUAAUGCAUUAUAUGAUUGUUUCUAUCAAGAGUGGAAGUUUCACAGAUGUUGAUUGAAAUAUGUACAAUGUUCAAGUUUUAAAUGUUUCAUCAAGAUUAUGUUGAUCAUUUCAUUAACUCAUGCUCUUAGUUUAUACAGUCCAGUUAUAAAAUAACACAUUCAUCAAUUUCAAGUUUUGUUUCUGUCAGUGUGGCAUUUGACAUCAAAAUAUGGCAUCCUUCCUUCAAUUAUGCAAUGUCUUAAACCUGUUUGUGUUAAUAUCUCAUUGAUUCCUCGCUGCAUAAAUCUGUGUGUUCCUCUAGCGUAUGUAGUGCUCUAUGUGCCAAAUGUCCAUUUUGUUCAAGUCUAGGGUAUAAUCAGUUUGCAUGACACGCCCCUGUUUCUAUACCUCAUACUUCACUCACUCACUCAUCCAAUCAUCCACUUGAAGUCAGUGUAAGAUUAUGUAAAUCAAAAUACUAUUUUGAAAUCAUGGCUAUCUCCCUGCAUCCAUGCUGCUUGAAAUUUGUGUUGGGGACUGAGUGAAGCUGAUGUCGUUCAUGUGUCAAGAAAUUCCGCGGUGAGCACAGAGAGAUGUCAGCUCAUCUCGUCUUAUCAUGUAUGUACAAAUGCAAUAUUUAAGGCGAAUGCAACAUUAUUCUGUUUUGUAUUUUAAAGGAAAUAAAAAUGCAUAACUAUCGAAUCAUGAAAAA